AGUGCUGUGGCUGCCUGGACUGUCAUUGAAUCGGAGCCACCUCCCACUCUGCAUAAAAUCUCUUGAGGUCAGCGGGGCGAGGCCCCGCAAAUCACUAUACUUCCUCUCCUCGACUGCUCAUCACCGUUGACCACAUCUGAAGUCACGAUGGCCGGAAUGGUUAUAAAGAACAUGUCCUUCAAGGUUGGGCAGACUAUGACCAUUGUUGGAAAGGCCCUGCCCGAUGCUACAAAUUUUGCACUAAACGUUGGGCCGAAUGAGAAGGACAUCACCAUGCACAUCAACCCGCGUUUCAAUGCGCACGGAGAUGAGAACGCCGUGGUUUGCAACUCUUACCAGGAAGGAAAAUGGUGUGAUGAGCAUCGGGAGGGAGGUUUCCCAUUCCACCAGGGAGAGGAGUUUAAGAUCAUCAUUGUCUUCACUCCCGCGGAAUUCCAGGUCACUCUGUCGGACGGCUCUCAAAUUCGUUUUCCCAACCGUAUGGGCGCUGAAAAGUACUCGUUCAUCAGCUUCAACGGGGACGUUCGAGUCACCAGCUUCGAGAUCAAAUAAACCUCAGUGAACUUUCGGAUCAUUCUUUGAAAUCGGUGCUUACAUAAGACGAUCAACCCAGCAGCGUAACUGAUUUGGUUGGUACCUACGGAGUCGUUUUGCUGUUUUACACGUGCAGACACAAUGAACAGAGAUGAAUGAACAGCAAUUGUCACAAUGCAGGAAUGUCAUCACUAAAUUCCAUGAUUGACAGUAGAUCAAAUUAAAUACUAUUUUUUUUUAAAUAAUACACUGAACUUUACAGCUUCUACCCUCCCAAACAUUCCAAAUUUGUACCAGUGCUUGCAUUUAAUUAGUAAAACAGAUUAAAACACAGACUUUUGUGAUUGUGUUCACUUACUCCUGUAAAAUAUCUUGCGUGAUAAUCCAAAGUAGCCAUUAGAUGUCGCCAUUGUCAUAAAAAUGUUUAUUACUUGGUUGUUACUGUUAAUUUCAAAUGAAAUGCUAGUUCACUUGCCAUUUAUGGACUGUAUAAUUCUAAUUCAAAAGUCUUUUUUUUCUGUCACUUUCCCCACGUUAAGCAGAAAUACUUUUCCACAGAAGUUCAAAUGAUUUUUUUCAAGUAUAAAUGUCAGUACUGUAGUUGCAAGACCGAAUUGCUAGACCAGCUAAUGUGACAUUUGGAAACUAUAAAUUGUGGCAUGUACAAAAACAAGUUCACAGAUCAGGAAAAAAUGCAAAUCUUUAUUCAGUCCUAUCAAACUCAAUUUUGAAUGCUGGCCUUUGUAUGAGAGACACGCAAGUGUUCGUAUAAUUUAAUCUGACGUAACAAAAGGCAAUGGGACUGAUUUUUGGAGGGGAGACGUGUGAAGAACCAGCUGCGCAUGUCAACAAGUUGCUGUGCUUUGAGUUAUAACGCAAAGCCGGAUAAGAUAAAUUUAAAUUUUUAGAAUGUUUAUUUGUUGGCGAGAUCGCUGAUUGCCUCAGACACACACAGUGCUGUUUUUUUUUUUUUUAUUCUCAUUUGAACUAAAACUGUCCAAGGAAAUGAGCCGUAUACCCAUUCAAACCCACCCUCUUAAAAACAUGUACCUGCCUGGUGUCACCUCAUGGCUGUGCGAGUAAAUAUGAAAUGUGUGGUGUAAAAAUGAUUCACCUCAGCUUACAUAAAAACUAUAUUUAGCACCC